UCAAAUUCUGAAUUUGAAAUAAAAAAAAUGGAGUUCACAGUUAUAUUAAUUUUAAUAUUUGGAAUUGGAAAUUCUUUACAACUUGAUGGUACAUUUUGCAAAAAUGCCACUACAGGAAGCACAAAAUGCUGCUACAACCACGAAGAGGUAAAUGGCGUGUGUAAACAAUGCAGAAAUGGAACGAGUGCUGAAGCUGGGGGUCAAUGUAAACCAUGUAAAGAGAAUAUGUUUGGUUACAAGUGCAUAGCAACCUGUAAUUGUGAUCAUCUCCACAGUUGCGAUGCUGUGGUUGGAUGCAUUACAAAUACAUCUUUUUUAACAGAAAAUACUACUGAUGCAGGUAUUUCUUCAGAAGGAAGUACUUCAGCAGUCAUAUUGUCUACUGGUGUUCAUGUCACUACACAAGAGAGAGCUGUUAUACACAGUAAAAUUACUACGACGAGAAAAAUUGAAACUGACAAACUUAUUACCGAUGUUCCUAAUAAUGUCUUCACUACUAAGGAGCCAAAUUCUAUUAGCAGUGGAGGAAGUUCCAACAUGGAAUGGUUGAUUUAUACGCUAUGUAUUGUUGGUGUUGUUAUUGUGACGGGUUUGAGUCAUUUAUUUCGUUCAUACAGAAAACGAAAACAUUCUAAAGAAAUGCUAGUAAAUGGAGAUCUUGUUUUGGAACAAGUAAUAGAAUCUCCGUAUAGUGGCUUCUAUGAUGAAAUUGACGAGAACAUGUUAGCAGAUGAUAAGACUUAUUUUGUUCCACAAGAUAAUCACUCUGCCACAAAAAGCACUGGACAUGAUGACACAGGUUACCUUGAUGCGUGUUUUGCAACUGAAGAAGACGAACAGCAAAAGUUGAAAGACAAAUUAUCACAAAAGGGAAGCAACUCAACGUCUUCUUCCAACUCACACGUUGCCGCUCAAAACGAUACAGAAUAUCUCCAUCCUUACCAUACACUUCAGGAUAAUUGGAAAGAAGAUUCGCAUGGGUAUGAAGCAGCUGUGACUGUUCAUCAUCGUACCGAAAGUUCUUCAGGAUCUGAUGAAGAAUCUACAAACCCUAAAUAUUCUCAUGUGUAUCAACCACUACAAAAAGACAGGGAUAUGAAAGGCCAAGCGUAUGAAAAACCACAGACGCCAAAAUUAAAAACAGUAAAUGAUGCAAAAGCGUGGGAGGCUACGCCAUCAUCAGCAUUAUCACAUAAGGGAAGCAGUCCAGCUUCUUCUUCCAGCUCAGACGUUGCAGACGAUACAGAAUAUCUCAAUCCAAACCAUACACUUCAGGACAAUUGGGAAACAAAUUCCCAUGAGUAUAAAGUAGCCAUGACUGUUAAUCCGGGUACCGAAACGUCUUCCGGGUCUGAUGAAGAAACUACUUAUCAUAAAUAUUCUCAUGUGUAUCAACCGCUACAAAAAGACAGGGACAUGAAAGGCCAUGCGUAUGAAAAACCACAGACGACAAAAUUAAAAAAUGUAAAUGAUGCAAAAGUGCGAGAGGCUACUCAAUCUCGGCAUGGGACCAGUAGUUUACAGGAUAACGUCAACAAUAAUGUUGACUCUGACAAAACAAUGAACAGUUGUGACGAGAUGGAGGCAAUAAACCACAAACAAGAUUAUAAAAAACCGUCUAAUCAAAUCAAAUCGAAGACAAAUGAAAAGGAAAUAUUCCGUGAUGAGUAAACAGAAAACUCGUUGGUUGAAUGUUUAAACAACAACGUGUGUCCUCAAGAAAAUAAUAAUAGUAAUCUAAAUGAUGAUGCAAAAUCAUGCAUUUGAUAACUAGUAGAUUUUCAAAUUACCGAUUUAUUUUGGCAAAAUGCAAAAUAUUGAAGAAAUUAAAUUCAAAUUCUAUGAAAUGAAAACAUUUUGAUGUAGGUUAAUUGGUGAUCAUUUUAUUCCGUAGAAGAGAGGCGAAAGAUAGCAUAGGGAUAUUCAAAGUUGAAACUCAUAAGUAGAAAAUAAACUGACAACGCCAUGGCUAGAAAAGAAAACCGACCAAAACACAAACAACAGUCUACAAAACAUAACAUAGAAAACUAAAGACAGAGCAACAGGAACCCCACGAAACCUGGGGGUGAUCUCAGGUGCUCCGGAAGUAAAAGCAGAUCCUGCUACCAAAAAACUUGAUUUUUAAGAAAUUUGGUAAUUUGAAAUUGACUAUUUGUGUCAACAUUUUAAGACAUUCAUAGAAUAUUAAUCUAAUUAAAUGUAAAGUAACAACGAGUUUAUUUUGAUGUAAGUAUUCCAAACGCCAUGAAUGGUCAGACGAGUUCCUAUUCAUGAGUGCUUUAAUUACAAAUGUGCAAUAUUAUAGUAAUAUACACGUACUUUCUAGUAUACCCACUCAGCAGUCUGUUCGCCUCCCUGUUCGUCCGUUCGUUGGCCUGUCCGUUUGUCCAGAUGUCAAUCAAAUAUUUCCGUCACACUUUAGA